AUGGAAAGUCAAGAUCAUCAAGAGAAUAAAAACAAUCUCGAAGGAGAUAAAAAAGAUAAGCCUCAACCUUAAAAAGAAGGCAAAGUGAUAGUGAGAAAUUUAGGUUUCGAUCUGAAAGAAGUGCAUUUAAAGAAAGAAUUCUAGAAGUAUGGAAAGAUCAUAGAUGCUAAUGUUCCGCUAAAGAAUGAGACUAAUACUAAUAGAGGUUUUGGUUUCAUUGAAUUUUCUACAAAAGAGGAGGCUUAAAAGGCUAUAGAUGGAAUGAAUGGAUAGAAGUAUAAGGGUAGAGUAAUUGCGGUUGAAUUCUCAGCACCAAGCAGAAAAUAUGAGAACAGAGUGCAGAGUUUUAUUGAUAAUACUAAAAUGUCAAGACAAGAUAUAGUCCAGCCAUUGGUGAUCAGAAACGAAAAAGAAGAAAAACUAAAAGCUAAGGAGGAGAGAGAGAAGUCGCAAGCAGAGAAAAAAGAUCAGUAUCAGAAAUAGAAAAUAGCCAAUAAAGAGGAAGCAAAGGCAAAAUAUGAAAAAGAACCUCAGAGAUUGAACAAAACUCUAUUUGUUAGAAAUAUCGGGUAUGAUACAAAUGAGCAGCAAUUCAAGGAGUUUAUGGGCAAAUUUGGAGAUGUCAAGUAUGCUUUACUCGUAAAGGUUAAGGAGUUGCAACUAAAUCAUGAGUCAGGAGAGGCAAUGACUCACAAGGGUACAGGAUUCGUUUAGUUUAAAAAUCCCAAUGUUGCUGAAUAGUUGAUAGAACUCUCUAACUCAAUAGAGAUUAAGUUAGAUGAAGAAUGCAAGACUAAUAGACUAAAUGCCAAAAAGAAUAAAGGUAAAUUGGAAGAUAACAAAGGAGUACUUAGUGUGAUAACUGGUGAACUCGAAUUGAAUGGAAGAAGACUAGUUAUUAAGGAAGCAAUGUCAAAGUCGGAAGCGAUUGACAAACAUGCUGAAGAUCAAUCAAAGAAAUAAAUGAAAGAGGACAAGCGUAAUCUGAACUAUAAGAAAGAAGGUCUCCUAAAUGAGGAGACUUGGAUUCAUAAGAAACCAAGACCUUCUGAGAAAUAGAUUGAAUAAAGACAGAGGCUACUUAAAGAAAAGGAUGCAGCUCUGACAAAGAAUACUAACUUGUUCGUGUCGAAGAAGAGAAUUCAAAUUAGGAAUCUUCCAAGGAGAGACUUCUUCGAAAAGGAAUUGAAGGAACUAAUGAUGGUUGUAGUUGAAGAAUGGCUUAAAACUGUAGACGAUAAGAAACUUAAGGAGUAAAACAAAAAGAAAUUUUUGAAGCAAGUUAAAAUUCUCAGAGAUUAGGAAAAGAUUGAUACUUAGAGCGGAGAUAAGCUAGCUAGUGGUCUUGGUUUUGCUGAGUUUGGAGAUGAAGAGUUAGCUUUGUAUGCCUUGAGAUACUUAAACAAUAUGGAAUUGGUGACUAAUAAAGGCUUAAUAGCUGAUUUCAGUUUGGAAGAUUAGAGAGCCAUUCACAAACGUGAGGUAAAAUUUGAGAAGUAAAAGAAACUUAACCAAGAUAAGAAGCGUGAAGAGAAAAUGGAGAAAAAACAGCAAGAUGAAAAAAAGGCAUUACUUCCAACAAGUGGAGUUGUAGAUCUAGGCAAGAGAAACUAGCCAGAGAAGCUAGAUAAGGAAUCUAUUGAUAAAAUCACAGACUUAGAGCUGUUGCAUCAAAUGAUGAGAUAAACUAUAAGCAGAGGUAAAAAGCAAAGAAUCAAGAAGAGAAUUGACAAAUUAGAAGCUGAAAGAGGCAUAGUCAGAGAGUUACCAGCAAAAGAUAAAACUCCUAAGCUACCAUAGUAAUAACAAGAAAGGCCUAAGGUUGAAGUGCCUAAGGUAUCAGCAUAGGAGAAAGUAAAGAGUUUAUUGAAGAAGAGAGAGGAGAAGUUAAUGUAGAAAGAUUAGAAAAAGAAGGAUAAGUUCAAAAACAAUAUUACUGAUGAGGAAAGGGAGAUCAUGAAAAAGAUUAAAAAUAAGAAGAAGGAUAAAAAGAGAUAACAAGCAAGAGAGACUGAUGAGUUCGAUGACAUACUAGAUACUUACAAGAAUAAAGUACUCAAGAAGAUUAAGAAGUCACUUGCUGGCGCCUCUAAGAAGUAAAUUACAGAAGGAGAUUUUGAAGAAGUUGAUCUUAGUGAUUGA